AUGGCGGAAAGUGAGAAGAAACGGCUAAAGGUGAAUCAUGAGGGAUCCGUAGGAUCUGGUACAAUGAACGAAGUGCGCUCGAAACAUCUUGGUUGGACAAAGCGGCAAGGGUACAUCCUCACUGGUGGCGGCAAAGCGGACGAGCUCUACACAGCAGAUCGAGGAUUUCCAUUUCAAGAGACGGAACUUCCUCAUCAUCACUUGAUGCAAGGAAAAACGCAUUCCGUCUUUGAACAGUGGCGAUCUACCGCUCCGCCAUGUUCUGCCGUGUGCGGUGUCUGGAAUCGGACACUCUUUGUUGGUGGUUGGGAUCAUACGAGCGAUACUGACGAGAUCGCAUUCAACAUUCAAACUCAUAAUCUCUUCAUUGAUAUGAGAAUUCCACGGUCCAGAAGUGAAUUAUUGAGUGGAACAUUCGCGUCCCUGCAAGAUUUGGGACCAGAAGAGCUGCGAUUGUACGCGAGACAACAUAUUUUUGCUGGAUUUUCGUAUCCUUCCACGGAGGAUGGUCGGCUUCUAUGCACUCGUCACCACUGUAUUGACUGGAACUUUGUUGGAUCGCCACGAACCCGCCCAAACAAAUGGUGGAUCGAAGCGAAAGAAGACGGCGAGGUUUGGAAGGAGUACUCAUAUGCUAAAGACAACUAUGGUCAACACUACUAUUUCGAACGAUGGGAAAAAGUUGGAACAUCCAAUCUCCCAAGACUAGCUCUUCGGACUGUAUCCACAGCAUCCCGCGAUGGAAUCAUCGUUGCAGUUGGCGACCAUUUCAACUAUAUUUUGGCGAGAGAGAUGAGUGGAGCGGAAAAGGGUUAUCAGAACGAGACAUCUACUGUCGAUUUGGUCGAUGCAGCCGUGACAGCCGGUGAUCUCACCACUGCGCGAUCAUACUUGAGUAUUGAAGGUGGUCAUGGCAAAGUGUCAAAUGACUGGGCAAUAGAGUCUUCCAUAUCCCCAUGGGAUGAAGGAAAAGUGCUUUGGGAACUGAAUGGGAGCAGUGGUGUAGUUGUUGAAGGGGAUAGCAUCGAGAAUUGCAGCAUUACCUGGAGCGGACUGAAAUGGUCAAUUUAUGAUUGUAGUUUCCAAGACGUGCUCGAGCUCAAGAAGUAUGUACGGAAGUCUGGAAGUGUCCCCACUUCCAAGCUCUAG